UAUUUUGGGUUGUCCCUUGCUCUAGUGCAGUUCGAGCAUCAUGAGUUUUUCCGUUGAAUGCACAGAAAGAGGAAACGAGAGGGGCAGCUGUGAAGGCGAUGUCAUAAGGGGAAGUAACUCACAAUACGCAUAGAAACAAAGGAGAGGCAAGACGAGACAGCAUUUGAGGUUUAAUCAAAGACGACACCAUGGCUCAGGCCUGUCUCAGAUGUCUCAAGUUAACAAUGUGUGCAGCAAACUUCCUGUGUUUUAUCUGUGGCAUUGCUGUGUUGGGGUUCGGGAUCUACAUGACUAUGAGUAUGAAAUUGGCCGCCAUCUCUCCGUCUUUGGCUAGCUUUAACGUGGCUCAUGUUCUGAUCAUCACUGGCAUCAUCAUCACCUGUGUGUCCUUCCUGGGCUUUUUGGGUGCCCUCAAAGAGAACCGCUGCCUGCUGCUCGUGUUUUUCAUGUUGCUGUUCUUCCUGAUGUUGGCGGAGUUAACUGCAGCCUGUCUGCUUCUACUAUACGAAAAAGAGAUUUCCAAGUGGCUGGAGAAAGAUCUGAAAGAAGGAUUGAAAAAGGCCAAAGGAAAAGCGGACAAUUCUACGAUUCUGUCCGAUUGGGAUAUGGUUCAGACUAAACUGGAAUGUUGUGGAGUCUCAAAUGCGUCUGAUUGGGAAGGGAAUGUCCCGCGCUCCUGUUGUCCCGAUAGCUCUUGUAGCAAACCGACACCAAACUACCACAAAACGGGCUGUUUUGAUAAACUGAAGCAGUUUUUUGAGGAAAAUUUUCUGACCACUGGGAUCACAGUGAUUGUGCUCUGCAUAGUUGAGGUUUUGGGAAUGUGUUUUGCCAUGACGCUCUACUGCCACAUCAGCCGAACUGGACUAGGAUACAAGUUAUAAACCACUCCAUAUAAACUGUUAAUUAAAAGCUAAUGUUACAUGUUAAAUUUGAGCAGUGUUUUGGUACUUUUUAUUUUAUGUAAAGAUAUCAGGUUGUCAGAGGUGGGUAGUACUUGUCAGAGUCCUUUUCUAUUGGCCUUUUUUUAAUUUUUUUUAAUUAAAGUAACAUUACUCUUACUUGAGUAAAUAUUUUGCCCACUGUUCUCACUGUAAGUCUAUAAGUGACAACAGCUUAUGACAAUAUGAAAUGAUUUGAACAUUUGUGUUUCUUGCACUGCUACUUUAGGUAUGAUUUAGUUUUUCUCAUUUUUGUGACUAUCCUUUGAAAAUACCAGGUUUUGUCCAUUAUUUAAUGUUUUGUCCUUCAAAUUACAUCAACUUCCAAUUAUAAAUCAGAUGUUUUGUCCCAACAGUUAUUCAAGUUGCCCAAAUACGUUUUUACUCUUAUAUGUACUCUUAUAUGUACUGGACCACUACUAUACUUUCUACUUGAGUAAUAUUAUUUUGAAGUAACGUUACUCUUACUCGAGUACCUUUUUUGGACACCCACCUCUGCAGGUUGUGUACUAUUGUUUUAAUGUGUGUUAGUGUAGUUAACUCAUUAUUGUACAUGUCCACAUUUUGGCUUGUAAAAAAUAACCAUCUUGUAAUAUCCUUUAUAAUCUUUACUGACAUGUGAGUUAUAAUAAAGUGAUUGUGUUGUUUAAAGUGAGAGUUCUGCUGUGUCUAAGUUCAGAUGUAUUCUUAUUUGUGCAUUUCCGGUUUCACUUCUGUAAACUGUGGUGUGGCAGAAGUUACGCCUAUACUUCCCCUUUUACCCCAGUGCUUUAUAGAAAUGAGUCGUGCUUCUCAGAACACAACGUUCUUAGUUAUUAGUUACAUGCGAUAAAAUGUAUUAC